AGCAGUAACGUGGACGCGUUACUAUGACAGCAGCAAUAAACCCGAAAUGUCCGUUACCACUGCCAACCGCAGAGCCGCCGAGGAGCUUUGGUCACUGCAUGGUAACUGAUUUUAAAACAACAAAAACAAAAACUAGAAAUAUAUUUAAUCUAUCUUUUUUUAAGACAUGGCAUCUUCGCAGAGAAACCAGGAAUACGUCAAGCCGAUCAUUACAAACACCAAACAGGACAUGGAUGACGUCCACCAAGCAUUGGAAAAGCUAAGGGGACUAUCUCAGAAGGAGCGGACAGAGGAAGGGAUGCUGCGCUCCAGAAUAGAUGAACAGUCUAGUCUGAUCUGCAUGCUGAAGCAGCGGGCUGAUGACAUGCUGCUUCGCUGUCAGGCUCUAGAGCGUGUCAACACCGAGCUGCAGAACCUACGAGUCAACGUGCAAAUGGAGCUGCAGAAUGAACGGGAGAAAUCAGAGCAGCUGGAGCAGAGGUUCAUGGACCUUGCAGCAAAUCACACAGAGCUGAUCAACUUCAAAGAUGAAUACAAGCGGAAGAAUACCGAACUGAUAAAGGAGAACAAGAGACUACGAGAGGAGAAUGAAAAGUUGUUCAGCAAAGAGCUGCAGGAUAAAGAGGAAACCAUUCACAAACUCUCCCAAGAGUUGAGUGACCUCAGAGAAAAACACAGACACUCAGAAAAUGAAUACCAGGAUAAAGCAACUGUUUCUCAGAUGAAACUUAAAGAGUUAAUGGAUGUCCAUCAGAAUAAAGAGGCCUCUUUGCAAGAUAAAUUACACAACACUCAGAAAGAGCUAAAGACUGCAGUGGACAUGCAUGCAGAAAUGGUUUUAAAACUUAAGCAAAGCCAGGAAAGAGGGACAAUGAAAGAAAGAGAGACAGAAGAGAGGUUUGAAGCACUUACAAAGGAGAAGGAUGAACUACUGGAACUGUCCAUGCAAAGAGGGAAAAUUAUACAGGAUAAACAAGAGGAAAUUCAAGAGUUAGAAAAGAAGAAGACUGCGGCAGAAAAUGCUAGACAGGAAGCAGAGGAUAGGUUUGAAAGAGAAGCUGCUGCAGUGAAUGCAGAACUGAGAGUAAAGCAGCUUCAGCAUGCCCUCGACAAAUCAGAGAGGACAUGCACUGAUCUGAAGAAGGAGUUCGAGACAUAUAAAAAGUACAUCAAUGACUUGCUGGCACAGGAAAAGGAGUUAAAUGCCAAACUUCGCCACAUGAUCAACUGAGCUACAUGUUCCAGCUACAUUUUUCUAAACUCAUCCAUUUUUUUGUCAUGAAAGUGUGUGUGUGUGUGUGUGUGUGUGUGUGUGUGUGUGUGUGUGUGUGUGUGUGAGGGAGAUAUCUGUAAAAGCAGUAUUACAUUGAUGAGACCUGAUACCGUUAAUCUCCACUAGAGGGCAAUAACACUGUUUAUUCAACAGUAAUGACUUUGUGUUUAGGUCACAGUUUAAGUAAAACCUUAUAUGUGUGUAUAAUCUAUCAAAUAAUAAGCCUAACAUCGCUUUGCCAUUCGACAGGAGAUUUAGAAAAGUCAUAUGGUGCAGAUCAAACGAUAAACCCACACACUAAACUUCAUGCGAAGUGCCAUGAACAGUUAGACAGUUAAUUUAGGGGGAAAUAUAAGAUUAAUGGUAAAAUGUUAAAUGGUCUGCACUUAUAUAGCGCUUUUAUCCAAAGCGCUUUACACUGUGUCUCAUUCACCCAUUCACACACACACUCAUACACACCAAUGGUAUCAGAGCUGCCAUGCAAGGCACUAACUUGCCACCGGGAACAACUUGGGGUUCAGUGUCUUGCUCAAGGACACUUCGGCAUGUGGAGUCAUGUGGGCCGGGAACUGAACCGCCAACCCUAAGAUUAGUGGACAACCCGCUCUACUACCUGAGCCACAGCCGCCCAUUAAAUUAGCUAGCUUGCUUUAUUAAUACAAUAAACUGUGUUUUUCAGAUGGAGGUGGAGUUUUUUUAAUCAAUAGUUAUAUUUUCUGGACAGUCAUAGCAUCUAUCCAUCCAUCCAUUUUCCAUACCGCUUAUCCUACACAGGGUCGAAACCAGAGUACCCGGAGGAAACCCCAAAGCACUGGGGGAACAAGCAAACCCCAUGCACACAGGGCGGAAGCAGGAAUUGAACCCCCAAAGGUGCGAGGCAAAAAUGCUAACCACUAAGCCACCGGACUCCCCUAUUAUAAUAUUAAGAAUAUUUAGGAUAAUUAUACUAUUUAUAGAAAACAACCAUACUAAUGUCAGUCUAUGGUAGAAUAAACAAAUUAAUGUUUAAACAGAUGACCACAACAAUUUCCUGCUGUAUGGAAAAAUGCAUCGCUUAAAGACUGUAGUCUUGUUUGGUAAUUUCAGUGUAAUUUCCAGUCUAAUAUCUAGGCAGGUACCUCAAAAUACAGAGAACCGCACGGUAGUCAUUUUGUCUUAAAGUUUAUCCUUUAUUAUGAGGAACAUCUGGAUGCAUUCACAGCAUUCAAACUUUUGCUCAGCAUCCCCAUAAUUAUUAAAAUGCCUUAUUGUUGUUAAUAAACAUAAACAUUCAUUUAGAAAUUUUUAAUGACUUCAGCAUUUUACUUUUUAUAGUAUUGUCAAAUAUCAAAAUGGGCAAAAAGAAAAACAAAACCCCACCAAAUAAAUGCAUGUGUCAGUCAUUAUUCAGUGUUGUUUUUAGUAAGCGCUGCAUCUGUCUUAUAUCUAUAUACUACUUAGUGUGCUAUCAUCAUUUUUGACUGCUUAUGACUUUUCUAUGUUAGUGACUGGCACACCUGCAGCUCAGUUAUUUACAACCAAACCUCUUUCAAGUGUUUCCUCAGUAUUUCAACAAUGUGUUGAAAAGCCACCAGCAAGGUGUGUGAGUGUUUUCUUAGGAGCAUAAGUGCACAGCAGUUGCUGUCGAAUAUACUGCGUCAAGUUCAGGCAGGUUUGUCUCUGCAGCAUGAUUGGCUUUUCAGCCUGCCCUUUACUCCUUUCACCUCUCACUGGAUACUCUAAAGCCAUCAAUUCCACCUGACCUCUGUGGCCAUCUGUUCCUCAAAAAUCCUAAGAAUGGCUUAUAUUGCCCUGACAUAUGAAUUAGUGAACCUGCUUAGGCUUUCUUUAAUUGAUAAUGCAUAUGGCAUGAAUGAAUUUCUCUUGUUUUUGAUGCUAUGUGUGUUUCUUCUGAUUUCUGAAUAACAGCUUGUAUUAUAAUAGAUAAUAUAAUACUAUAAUAGAUAAUAUUUGUUAGUGUGUGUGUGCUUGUUUUAAUGGAAAUUGUAGGGGAAAAUAAUAAA